UGUUAAUGUUGUGCCUGCUGGCCACUAGCUUGGCAGCCCCUGUUCCAGGGAGUGAAAGCAAUGAGCAGGUUGCAGCGCAUGCUAAUGAGGCCCUCAGGUGGAUGGAGAUGUACAGGCUGUACCAGCAGCAGGGAGUAGUUGGAAACCCCUUCCUUCCUGCUGCUGAUGCUCCUGCUGAUCCAGCAGUGGCUGCAGUGGCUGAUGCUGCACCACCUCCGCCGGCUGACGUUGCCCCCGCAGCUCCUGUGGCUGCUGAAGAGGCAUCAGAGGAGGAGACAGAGGAAGGAGACCCUGCUCCCAAAGCCGCAGCACCGGCUGCUGCUGCUGCCCCUCUGAACUCUGACGAGGAAGAGGAGGCUGAAGAGGUGGAGGCAGCUGAAGCUGAGCCAGCUGUAGUGGAAGCAGCACCAGCAGAGCCAGAAGCAGCAGACCCUGCAGCUGCUGCUGAACCAGCUGUGGUUGAUGUCCCUGUAGAGGCUGCACCGGUUGAUGCUGCUGCUGUUGAUGCUGCUGCUGUUGAUGCUGCUGCUGUUGAUGCUGCUGCUGUUGAUGCUGCUGCCGUUGAUGCUGCAGCUGUGGAUGUGCCUCCAGUCGACGUGGCCCCUGUUGACGUGGCCCCAGCAGCCCCUGAGGUGGCUGCAGAUGUGGCCUCUCCUGCUGCAGCCGACGUCCCUGCUGCUGCUGACGCUGGUGCCGCUGAUGCCGGCGCUGCCCCGCUGGCAGCUUAGGCUUCCACAGCUGGAAUGGCAGCAGAUCUUGCUGCAGUGUCGCUAUUUUCCCCUCAUCACCAGCCUAAGUGCUCUUCUUUUAGCUGCUAAGACAGAAGAUGACAGGCAGCAGUUGGUGCUGUAGGUGCACCAACACAGCAGGGAAAAGCUGUGGCAUGCUGAAAGAGACUGAAAAGAAAAUAUAUACCUAGCAUACAGUGCAUGCUCUUUGUGAGGCAAAACAAGUGU